AUGUUGCCCGUGGCUGCUUUCGCAGCAUUCCUCUAUCUUCUGUACACUGUGAUUUCCACCAUCCGGGUCCUGUACUACCAUCCUCUCAGUCACAUCCCCGGCCCCACACUGUGGAUCGCUUUUCCCAUAUUUCGUCACCUCGCGUUGCUUCGAGGGAAGCAAGAUAGCGCGCUUCGAGCUCUCCACCGCAAAUAUGGCGAGGUUGUUCGAUUUUCUUCCGAUGAGGUUUCCUUCAUCACCGCCCAAGCCUGGCGGGACAUUUACGGCCACGGCCAUAAGCAACUGCCCAAGUUCAAACACUCGGCUGCAAACCCUCUGGAUAUCAUUAACGCAAACGAUGCAGACCACUCUCGAUACCGCAAAUCAAUGUCUCAUGCCUUUUCCGCGAAAGGACUGCAAGCGCAAGAGCCGAUUUUGAACAAAUACGUCGAGAAACUGAUGACGAAAUUGGAGCACGAAGCAACGUCUCGGGUGCCUGUCGAUAUGGUGAAGUGGUAUAACCUGACCACAUUUGAUCUGAUUGGCGAUCUUGCCUUUGGACAGUCUUUCGACGGGCUGGAAAACUCACAGUAUCACUUCUGGGUCUCGACCAUUUUCGAAUCCGUGCGCGCCAUCCAGUUUGUCAAAGUCGGGGAUCUCUAUCCUCUGCUCUUCCAAUUCCUCAAACCUUUCAUGUCCAGUGAUUUGGCCAGCGCACGCCAACGACAGCAGGACUACAGCAAAACCGUGGUGCAGAAGAGGCUUGCGAACCCUGCACCCUCCGACCUGGUCGACUUCAUGGAUUCCAUGCUCCGCCAUCGCGGGGAGAAAGAUGGGCUCAGUGACGAAGAGCUAGUCGCAAAUUCCAGUAUUCUUGUGAUCGCCGGCAGCGAAACAACCGCCACGUUGUUAUCGGGUGUGACCUACCUCCUUCUGAAGAACCCGGCGACGAUGCAAAAGUUGACGCAUGAAGUGCGAACGGUCAUGCAAUCCGAAGAGGACAUCACUUUUGCAAACGCGACGGCAAAUCUCCCGUACAUGUUAGCCUGUCUUGAAGAGGCCCUUCGAAGGUAUCCCCCAGUCGCAACCGGCUUGCAACGAGUCACCACUGCGACCACCAACAUUUCAGGCUAUGAGAUCCCCCCCAACACCAGGGUAGCUGUCCACCAAUCCGCCGCCUACGAUUCCCCUCUCAAUUUCCACCUGCCCUCACGCUACAUUCCCGAGCGCUGGCUCCCGGCCGCGAAAAGCGAUCCCGAAUCGCCCUUCUUCCACGACAAGCGUGACGUGCUGCAGCCCUUCUCCGUCGGCCCCCGCAACUGCAUCGGCCGCAAUCUCGCCUACAACGAGAUGCGCGUCAUCCUCGCGCGCAUCAUCUGGCGCUUCGACCUCGAGCUCUGUCCGGAUUCGCAGGCGUGGGACGUUCAGAAUUCAUACACCUUCUGGGAAAAGCCCCCGCUGAUGUGCAAGUUGACACCGAGGGCCCGUUGA